ACACACCGCACGAUUCCUUUCUUUGAUCAUCCCAUCCCCCCAAUCAAUCUAAACCGAGCUGUGCGACGUGCCCAAUGACUGGCAGCGCCCGCCAUGGAUUACCAAACGUUCAAUAGUCCCCAGCACCUGCCGCCCUCGUUCGGCGGGCCCUUCUCCACCUCCUCAGCACCCUCGCAUUCCCCGCAGCAGGCACAAUCGUACCAAGAUCCACAGGCCCGGCUACAGCAUCCAGCCACCGCCUCGUUCCCCUACCAGCAGUUUGCCAAUGGCCAGCCAGGCGGCUUCCCGGCGAGCAUGCCAGGCGGCGCGUCUCAAGCGACGAGUGGCGCCGUGAUGCAGCCCGGAGGCCUGUCGCAGAGCCAGCUUCAGAUGCACCAGGCCAGAGCCGCCGCGCUCCAGCAGCAGCAACAGCAGCAGCAGGGCCAGGCGAGCCCGUACUCGAGCGCGCCCUUUGCGCAGGCCCUCGCGUCCCCCGCCCACCAGCAGUUCAUCCAGAACCGCAACACGGCCUCGCCCGCCACCAGCCAGCACACCAACACCGCGUCCCCCUAUGCGACGCCCCAGCAAACGCACUCGCCCAGCGUGCCCGCCACCCAGGGAAUGAACCCACCCACGAGCCAGCCCGCCGCCGCACAGCCAAUGGCCUCCCAGACGCCCACGAAGGCGCUCCCCCAGUCGCCCGUCUCGCCCGUCUCGCAGGCGCGCGAGAAGCAGCGCAUCGACACGCUGCUCGAGAUCAACCAGGUGCUCAUCCAGCAGGUCAUGGAGCUGUACGAGCAGGGCAAGGCCGGGCACAUUGGGCCCGCGCCCGACGCGAAGCAGGAGGGCGAGAAGGCGCAGCAGCCCUCGCCAGAAUACAGAGACUACAUGCGCCGCUUGCAAGCGAACCUCGCUUUCCUCGCGCAGAACGCCGAGAAGCACACCAAGCCGAACCAGAACAUCAUGCCCGGCCCUGCCAUCAUGGUCGCGCCAUCAUCGCCCGAUGACCUCGUGAAGCUCUACUCCCGCCUCCAGAGCCUGUUUCCGGGCUGGAAAGGCGCGCCCAACAAGCCCUCACCCGGUCCCCAGCGCCUGAAUUCGACCUCCUCACAAGCCAGCGUGCAAAACAAUAUGCAACCGCCCAACAGCGCCGGGCUACACAACAAUAUGCAGCAUCCCAACAGCGCCGGCAUGCCGCCAAAUAUGCAACUUCCGAGCAAUGCGAUGCCGAACAACUUCCAGCAGCAACAGCAGCAGCAGCAAUAACCUCGCGGGCGUGGCGCCAUCUUUCUUCGUACCGUACAUGCGCGGCAUACCACAUCAAUCUGUACUUCUAUAAUGUCUUUGGUCACGAAACGACAUAGAGCAUCCGGCGCAGUGUCUGUCUUGUCUGUCUGUCAAAUGUUUUCCAUGAAUUCCCAAGGCGUGUACAAAGGCAAAAAUCCAACCUCCCGUAUCAUAACUCCACGGGCUCGGGUCCCAGCUGCGAAUGCUGCACGGUAGUUUUCUCUUUUAUUUUCCUCUUUGCUUGUCUGUCUUGGAAAUCCGGGGUUUAUUGAGUUGGGUCGGUCUGUUGGUGUUUGGUCUUAGGGGGUCGGGGUUGGGACAACCUGACUGGGGUUGUCGUCAGCGUUUGCGGCAAGUCUUUCAGUAUGUAUGCAUGCGAGAUACCAGAGUUGCGAGGUGGUGCUGGCGGAAGAUUAAUGAGAAUAUUAUAUUAUUCUUACA